AGAGAGGAAGACUCCGUCGAUCUCCGGUGCUCCUCAGUCCACAACCGCCGCCGCCGCCGCCACCAGACCAAUGGCGUCGCCUCGCCACCGCUCCUUCCCGCUCCGCCUCCUCAUCCUCUUCCCCGUCUCACUAUGUAUCCUCCUCCUCCUCCGCCGCUCCUCCUACGCCGCACCUCCGCUCAUACCCGCGCGCCCGGCUCCGGAUCCUCACCGGUUCUCCCUCCUCAUCAAACUCCUGGCCUACGAUCGCCCCGCCCCUCUGCUCCGCUGCCUCCGUUCCCUCGCGGCUGCCGACUACGAUGGCGACCGCGUCGCACUGCACGUCCUCCUCGACCACCUCCCGCCCAACUCGUCCGCCCCACUCCUUGCAGCGUCCCACGAGAUCCUCACCGCCGUCGACGCCUUCCCCUGGCCGCACGGGGAGAAGCGCAUCCACUACCGAGCGGCUAAUGUGGGGCUCCAGGCGCAGUGGAUCGAGGCGUGGUGGCCUGGCUCGGACGACGAGUUUGCCUUCGUCGUUGAGGACGACCUCGAGGUCUCACCGCUCUACUACAGGUUCCUAAAGCGGGUGGUCAUGAGGUACUACUACGACAGGGAGAACUACAGUCCCUACGUCUUCGGCGCGUCACUGCAGCGCCCCCGGUUUGUCGCAGGUAAACAUGGAAACAAGAUACAGCUGGACAGUGAAACUAGACUAUUCUUGUACCAGAUGGUUGGUACAUGGGGCCAACUUCUCUUUCCCAAACCAUGGAAAGAAUUUCGAUUAUGGUAUGAUGAACAGAAAGCCAAAGGAAUCAAACCUAUUCUUCAAGGCAUGAAAACUACAGGAUGGUACAGAAAGAUGGGCGAGAGAAUAUGGACUCCUUGGUUCAUUAAAUUUAUCCACUCACGUGGAUACUUCAACAUCUACACAAACUUCUUGAAGGAAAGGGCCCUCAGCAUCUCUCAUAGGGAUGCAGGUGUGAACUAUGGAAGAAGUGUUGGACCAGAUUCUACAUUGUUAGAUGGGAAUAAUCUCGAUUUCAACGUAUGGCAAUUGCAGCCUCUAAAGAAGCUAAAAUGGUAUGAUUUCUGCUUUGCUGAAAUUCUUCCAGGAAGGUUUGUUAGGAAAUUUAGUGAACUUGGUUCUGUGCUCAAGUCCGUGCAAUUAGGAAACAAUGUUGUACUCAUAAGUUUGUAUUCAGUGGAACAGAGGAUUGUGAGGAACCUUAUUUGCCAUCUUGAGAAGACGGGCAUGGAAAAUUACAUCUUCCUUGGUGACAAUUCAGAGUUUCUGGAUGACCUUGCUCAUAGAGGACAUGCCGUCAUUGAUGCUAUUGAGUUGCUGCAGGGGAUCAAAAUGAGUGGUUAUAUGAAUUCUGAUGGUUUUGUUAAGGAAAUACUAGCUAAAGCUUACGUGAUACAACAUUGCUUGAACCUGGGUUACAACCUAUGGGUACUAAAUGGUAAUAUGAUUUCACUUGGCAGUAAGUUGGUUGAGCCAUCAAAUCAAUCAGUUGACAUUUUUACUGCAGACCCUGUGGAUUUGAUAUUUAUAAGAAGCUCACAAGGCUCUAAAAAAACAUGGAAUGAGCAUAUUAUAUCGAGAGUAGCAGAUGGUGGAUUUGCUUCUGUGAAACAUGUGAGUUUUGUUCAUAUACUUACCAGAGUGUUGGAAAACAAUGGUGGUGGUGUGAGGCUGGGGAAACUGAAUGAGGAGAUAAUGACUAUGGAAUUAGGGCCUAACAUGUCGAAUAGAUCACUGUCGGAGGGUCAGAGUAAAAUGCUUUUCUGGUCUGACAGUGUGCCUUCAGAUUCGGUACAAAGGCAACUCGGAAAUGUGAAUUUGUGGUUAAUUGACUCAGAUUCAUCUUGUAGUGCUGUUGUUUGUAACCAAAAGCAGAAGUAGCCUCUGUUAUCUUACGCAUGUUCUUUUUACAUUGAUCUCCAUUAACGGAUCCUAAGGUAAUAUCGAGUAUUUGAAACUUGGCCCUGCUCCGGCACUUACCCAAGAAUAUUGUUAGCAGCCUGCAAUUACUUUAGAUGUUGAUAACUGCUGGUCUUUGGAGCCAAUAUUCUGUAUUUAAUGGGGUCUUGAGGUGUUGAUCGUUCUGAUUGUUUGGUGAGGUUGAAGUAUUCAGUUAGCUAUGCUAGUCCCCAUUCACUGGUACAAUUUUUGAGAAUCUUCCAGAAGUCUGCAAUUACAUUUGAUGUUGAUAACUGCUGGUCUUUGGAGCCAAUAUUCUGUACUUGGGUUCUUAAGGUGUUGAUUGUUCUGAUUGUUUGGUGAGGUUGAAGUAUUCAGUUAGCUAUGUCAGUCCUCAUUCACUGGUACAGUUUUUGAGAUGAACGUUUCCUGGUGUGCUCGGUGUAAUAGCAGCGUCUCCCCGCAGCCUCAGACAUUGGAGACUGAACUUGACAUGUCCGGUGUUUCUGACCACUUGCAACUGAGGCUAGAGGCGACGCCAAGCUUGGAGGCAGCGAAACUUACGCUCGCAGUGUGUAUGGAGAAAGCCUCAAAGAUGUUAGAGGCAGACUUAGAAGCCGAAAAUCACAACACUGCGGAUGCUUUGAAUAGAUAGAUGUAGAAAGAGUAGCUGAAGACAAACUGGUAGAUGCUGUUUGUGGUGCGGAUGCAUUGAUGCAAUAUCAACAUAGUACACAUUUUACUGUGAGAUACGCUGAGCAUGCAUUGUCGAUCUGAAGAGAUUUCCCAACCACAGUUGAAGAUUCCUAGUAGUUUAAUGUUCUUCCACUUGAA